CCACGGGAGGCGGCAGAGUCACCGAAGACCCAUCGGGACUAGUGGGUCGACCCAGCUAGCUUCACGACCCGCCGCCGCCGCCGCCGCCGCAGGCGGCCACCGCGCCAUACACGCUCUCCGCUGUCAACACCCAACGCCCGGCCUCCUCUUCCGCCUCCUUCGGCGCAGACGCUGGGUUUAGGCUUGGUUGUGGGUAGCAGAGCAGAGCGCGACAGCGGCGGCGAUGGCAACGGCGAAGAAGGGGACGGCGACGCCGCUGGCCUCCGCGUUCUCGCCGGAGGAGACGAGGAGAGCCGUGUCCCGCGUGGCCCAGGCCAUCGCCGACCGCCGCGCCGACCUCGCGCGCAUCCAGGGCUUCUUCGCCGACAACGCCGCCCUCGUCAACCUCGUCCAGCGCCUCCCCGACGAGCUCUCCCACCAAAUCAUGGUCCCCUUUGGUGGCGCCGCCUUUUUCCCUGGGAGCUUGAUCCACACCAAUGAGCUCCUGGUGCUUCUGGGGGAUGGGUACUACGCUGAUAGGUCUGCGAAGCAGACGACCGAGAUACUGCACAGGAGGGGGAUGGAGUUGGAGGCUCAAAUGGAGGCCAUCAAGGCAACCAUCUCCGACCUCGAGGCUGAGGCCAAGUUCUUCGAGUCCACCGCUGCGGAGGCUUCGGAGGGUCUUGUUGAAAUAAGGGAAGAAUAUGAUGAAGAAGACACAGAAAUAAUUUCAUCAAAAACAGAGGCUUCAAGUUCUUCUGGGGGCAUAUCAGAUGAGGAACAUGCUCGGAUGAUGGCUAGGUUUGAUGAGCUUGAAAUGUUAGAAAAGGAAGCUGGAAGUACUUCCGAAGAUGAAGGUGAUGAUGACGACGACGAUGGUGACGAUGAAGAUGCUGGAACAAGUGAGGAUGGUGAGGAAAAUGGGGAAACAUUAAGUUAUGGCAAUGAGCAUGACAAUGUUAGUUUUGGUGCCUCAGUUUCUGGAAGUGGUGGUAAUGGCCAGAGUCAAGGAAAUGCCCAGCUGAAGAGUGCACUAAAGAAGCUAGGAGAGAAGGAAACACUACAAGGUUCUUCUCUUGCGCCAUCAGGCAGUACCUCCAUAACAAACUCUGAAGUUCAGGCUUCGCUUAGAAAAGCUGUUUCUUUUAAAGAUGAGAACGGGCAAAUAGUUAGUUCAUCAAGGUACUCUUCAGGACCCAAGGUUUCUUCAUCUCGCGAUCGGCAGAUACUACCAGGUGGACAAAAGGCUUUCACGGGAUCUAUUGUUGAACACGAUGAAGGUCUCUCAGUGAUCGAACAACCAAGGAGUAAUGAUAGUGAGAAACCUGCUAGUUCCGCUUCUUCUUCAAGGCCCAUGUCUAGAUUCAAGAUGCAGAAGGGAGGACGCUGAGUAUGCCUCUUGGACACUAGAAUUAACACAGGAUCAUCUACUUCGAGUCGCUGGCAAGAGCUGCAUUGACAAGUACCAUGCAUCAGAAUGAUGCGCCGCAUUUUGGACAGGGGUCCUUUUGAGUUUGUCAGUGCGUCGGGAAGGACAGAAGUGUUGGCAUUCUGAACGUAUGACACUAUCACCUCAACUUUUAUCCUGGGUCUUUUGCCGUUGCCUGUACGGUGGAAUGGUUUGAUGCGUGUCUACAAUUUGUACGCGCGAUAUGCUUAGAAAUGCAAAGAAAAUUGCUUAGAAGGAAUUGAAACAGAGGCUGAUAGAGAGAUGAACGAUUUGUGGUCAAUUGAUUGGUUAAAUCUGGGAGUAAUUAAG